UCGCACUCGCACUAUGAAAUCGCGAAUAUUGUUAUAAUUGUUUUAUAAAUAAUUUACAUGAAUACACAACCACUAAUCACAAAAUGGGAACCCAAAAGCCUGGAGAGUGGGCUAAUUCACUUAUAGCCCGCUUUGAGGAGCAGCUGCCGUACAAGACGGGGGCUCAGAACCUGCACUCGCGCAUCAACGAGGAGCAGUGCAAGGCGUGUCUCGUGCAGAUCAGCCGCCACCGCUUCUCCCUCGUCAUCGCCGGCCUCACCAAGAUACUGCAGAGAGUUAGCGAGCUUUACCAACCUACCCUAACAGGUGGUUUCAACCGGCCUCAAACAGACCUAGAGAAGGGCUACCACGACAGUCUAGUAAUAGUCCUAGAUACUCUGGAGAUAUGCCUCAGCUCGCAGCCCAAAGACACAACCAAGUAUGAUGAGGCCAUGAAUGUGAAGAUUUUACUGAGGGAGGUGUGCCAGUUUAUCGAUUUAAGAAACGAAAACCCCAAUGUGAACAAUACGCUUCUGAAGCAACUAUCAAGCAAAGUGCUUUUUGCACUAAGUCUGAACUUCUUCAAUGCAGUCUUCAACAGAAUUAGUGCCAGAUUACAGGAACUUUCAUCGAGCUCCGAAGAAAACCCCGAUUAUACAGACAUAGAGUUAAUACAACACAUUAAUGUGGACCUACUACGGCUUAUAAGGCUAUUGACAGAGUCAAACCAGAAGUUUAAAUUGUUAAGGAAGUCAGCGCACAUAGUGCUAGUGUCGUCCCUCGAGACAGCGAUAUGGAACUGGAUGGACACCUAUCCCCAGGAAUUCGCAGAAGUGCAAUCACGGCCUAACGACGAGCUGUCCAAAUGUUGCGACACGUUGUUCGACAUUUUACAAGACAGUUUCUCCGACAACAAGAAGUCGAGAGUCUGCGUGUGGCCUCUACAAAUCAUGCUUCUUGUGUUGAACCCCAGUGUCCUGGAAGAGAUAGUGAACGCGGACACGGGCGCGCCGUGCAGCCCGCGCCACACCAAGAAGAAACACUUCAUCGACUCCGUCAAGAGGGGGCUCAGCCCCCAAAACAACUCCAAACAGAUGACGGAAGCGGCAGUGGUGACGUGCGUCAAGCUGUGCAAGGCGUCCACGUACAUCAACAUUAAUGACGCGACGAACCGAGCGUUCGUGCUCGUCAAGUCCGUUAUUAACGAUCUUAAGUCGCUCCUCUUCAACCCGGCCAAGUGCUACAUGCGAGGAAACGUGAUCUCCGGCUACUCGGAGCUGGAGCUGAUGACGGACUGCUUCGUGGCGCUGUUCCGCAUCAUGCCGCACAACAACGACGCGCUCAAAGUGUGUCUCAACCUCAACAUCAACAUCUCGUACCACUAUGUGUGCGUCAACUCGCUCUCCCGAAUAAUCAAGCAGCCUCGCCUGCCGUGGUGGCCUCAGAUAGAGCUGCUGUACUCGAGGGCGGCAGAACUGAGGGCAAUGUUCACCGACACACUCAACAAGGCCACACAGGGCUACAUGGUACACACUCCACUUCGAAUGAUCUCCCUAUCGCUCAAGUCCAAAGACAUGCAAGCCAAGUACAACAAGCCUGAGGAAAUGCCGGCCUACAGGAACCUGCUGCUGUGCAUGGUCAAACUUAUACACGCUGACCCUAUGCUGAUGUUGAGUAACCCGGGUCGCUCGGGUGUUGAGAUCCAGUCGUCAACCACUGAGCUCAUCAAUGGACUUGUCUCAUUAGUUCACCAGACCGGCAUGGGAGAGAUAUCACAGGAAGCGAUGGACGCUCUAUUAGCACUUCACACGCCCGACCGCGUCCACAUGUGGAACCCGGACGCGCCGCUCAACACGUUCUGGGACAUCAGCUCGCAAGUCCUCUACAACAUCAGCCAGAAGCUGAUUCAGCGUCAGAUCUGCAACUACCGCGCCGUGCUGCGCUGGCUCCGAGACAUCCUGACGUGCCGCAACGAGUUCCUGCACAAGCACAAGGAUUACGCCAACGUGGGGUCCAGUAUACCUAUCUGCAGGCAGGCGCAUAUCAAACUAGAGGUCGUCUUCUUCAUGUGCCUGUGGUCCAUAGACACGGACGUGGUCCUGGUCGCCAUGUCGUGUUUCGCGCUGCUCUGUCAGGAAGCCGAUAUUCGGUGCGGAGCCGACGAGUUGACGGCGCAAUGUCUGCUGCCGAACUACCAAGUGUUCCAAGAGAUCGCUCACACGGCGACUGUGUUGACUACAGCCACCCAGGAUAUGGCCAGAGGAUGUUUUUAUAAGAAUAUACACAGUUCAGCGGCGCUACAGAAGCGUAUAAUGGCGUUGCUGAGGAAGAUCGAGCACUGCGUCAACGGAGUUCAGCCCGUGUGGGAGGAGACCUUCCGGUGUUGGGACUCCCUCUGCAAGCUCCUCCAGAAGUACCCCAAAGGGCAGGGCGAGAGGGCGGACGAGUGCCAGCUGGAGGCGCUGCACCGCGCCGCCGCCAAGCGCCGCGUCAGCCACCACGCCAGCAGCGACCACGACUUCGAGAUCCAGGAGUGGGCGAAUAUAACGUCGUUCUUAUGCGCCCUCGGUGGCGUGUGUCUGCAGCGGAGACCCUCCAAUAUGUGGCCCGUGCUACACGCACAUGAUUCCAAGAAGUAUAAUUUGGCGAACAGUUCCCAAGAAGUACAAUACUGCCCAGUGACACAAUUCAUCGGCCAACUCCUCCGCCUCCUCCUCUGCAGUAAUGAGCGGUUCGGAGCUCAAAUACAGAGCCACGUGAAGGAGCUGGUCGGGAAUGAGAUGUCCCCGGCGCUGUACCCGAUACUGUUUGAUCAGAUUAAAGCUAUUGUAGACAAGUUCUUCGAUCAGCAGCAGCAGGUGAUGCUAACAGACAUAAACACGCAAUUCGUGGAGCACACAAUCUUCAUAAUGAAGAGUAUACUCGACAACAAGCGCAGCGGGCAGCCCUCCGAGCAUCUCAGUACUACGAGUAUUGAGGGACUCAUGCUGGCUAUAGUCAGAUACGUCCGGCACCUCGACAUGACAGUAUUAUCGGUGCACAUAAAAACUAAGCUGUGCCAAGUUGUGGAGGCUAUGAUGAGACGACGAGACGACUUAGCUUUUAGACAGGAAAUGAAAUUCCGAAACAAAAUGGUGGAAUACGUGACGGACUGGGUCCUCGGCACGAGUCACCAGAUCGCGCCGCCGCUGCGGGCCGAUGCCACCUCUAUUACCAGUGUGAUGUACCUUCUCAGGGAGCUGGACCAGGCCUGUAUGGAGGCUGUAGCCGCGCUGCUGAAGGGCCUCCCACUACAACCUGAAGAGAGCGACCGAGGAGACCUGAUGGAGGCGAAAAGCCAACUUUUCUUGAAAUACUUCACCCUAUUCAUGAACCUGCUAAACGACUGCAACGAGGUGGAGAUAGCUGAAGGACCGGGGCGGCUCGAGACGCUAAGAAACGCGACUAUCCAGGCCAUGUCCAACUUACUCAGCGCUAAUAUAGACUCCGGACUAAUGCAUAGUAUUGACCUGGGCUAUCACCGUGACCUCCAGACCCGCGCAGCCUUCAUGGAAGUACUCACUAAGAUCCUGCAGCAAGGCACAGAGUUUGACACGUUAGCCGAGACGGUGUUGGCCGAUAGAUUCGAACAGUUGGUGCAGCUGCUGACUAUGAUCUCUGAUAAGGGUGAACUCCCCAUAGCGAUGGCUCUAGCCAGCGUGGUGAGCACGUCGCAGAUGGACGAGCUGGCUCGCGUGCUGGUCACGCUGUUCGACGCCAAACAUCUGCUGGCGCCGCUGCUGUGGAACAUCUUCUAUAGGGAGGUUGAGGUAUCAGACUGCAUGCAGACUCUCUUCCGAGGCAACUCGCUCGGCAGCAAGAUCAUGGCGUUCUGCUUCAAGAUCUACGGCGCGGCGUACCUGCAGAGCCUUCUCGAGCCUUUCAUCACGUCGCUACUGGACCAGGUGGCGGUCGAGCCUACGCUGAGCUUUGAGGUGGAUCCGGCUAGAUUAGACGCAGGGCAAGACAUAGAAGUGAACCGGUCCAACCUCAUCUCACUGACUCAAGAGGUGUUUACGCGGAUCGUCAGCUCCGCGGACCGAUUCCCGCCACAACUACGUAGCAUGUGCCACUGUCUGUACCAGGUCCUCAGUAAGAGGUUCGCACAGUUCCCGCAGACGAGCGUCGGCGCUGUCGGCACCGUGCUUUUCCUCAGGUUCAUCAAUCCUGCUAUUGUAUCACCCCAAGAAAUGGGCAUAACCUCUCGCUCCGUGCCGGCACAAGUCAAGCGAGGGCUGAUGCUGAUGUCCAAGAUCCUGCAGAACAUCGCCAACCACGUGCUCUUCAGCAAGGAGCAGCACAUGCUGCCGUUCAACCACCUGCUGCGGACGCACUUCGAGAUCGCGCGCCGGUUCUUCAUCCAAAUAGCGUCGGACUGCGAGAGCGUGGACCAGGCGUCGCACUCCAUGUCCUUCAUCAGCGAUGCUAAUGUGUUGGCGCUGCAUCGGCUGCUGUGGAACCACCAGGAGCGUAUAGGCGACUACCUGUCGUGCAGCCGCGACCACAAGGCGGUGGGGCGGCGUCCGUUCGACAAGAUGGCGACGUUGCUGGCGUACCUAGGGCCACCGGAGCAUAAGCCGCUGGACUCACAAUUCUCAAUCUCCAACUCGGGCCUGCUCUUCUCGUCCUACGCUCGCUGGUCAUCCAUCGACAUGUCUUCCACAAACUUCGAGGAGUUCAUAGUGAAACACAACAUGCACGAAAAAGAAGAGUUUAAAAGCAUCAAGAGUUUGAACAUCUUUUACCAGGCGGGGACGUCUAAGUUGGGCAAUCCGGUGUUUUAUUUCAUUUCAAGGCGGUAUAAAAUCAACGAAACCAACGCUGAUCUCCUCAUCUACCACGUGAUAUUGACCCUGAAGCCGUUCUGCCACCAGCCCUUCGAGCUCAUCGUGGACUUCACGCACACCAACUCAGACAAUAGGUUCAGGACGGACUUCCUGCAGAAGUGGUUCACGGUGCUACCCGAAGUGGCGUACAGCAACAUCCAGGCGUGCUACAUAUACAACUGCAACGGCUGGGUCAGAGAGUAUACCAAGUUCCACGAAGCUAUACUGGCUCCUUUACGGGGCAACCGCAAGUUAAUCUUCAUAGACAACCACAGCCGCCUCGGCGACUACGUCGAGGCAGAACAACAGAAGCUGCCCGGAGCCACGCUGGCUCUUGAAGAGGAUCUUAAAGUCUUCAACAAUGCACUGAAACUGUCACAUAAGGACACUAAAGUCGCUAUCAAGGUCGGCCCGACAGCGCUGCAAAUAACGUCAGUAGAGAAGACCAAAGUGCUUGGCUUACAAGUUCUUCUGAACGAUGUGUACUACGCUUCGGAGAUUGAUGAAGUAUGUCUAGUAGACGACAACCAAUUCUCUCUCUCCAUAAUAAACGAAGCGACGCCACUGAGCUUCAUCCACAACGACUGUGACAACAUAGUGCAGAGCAUUAUACAUAUACGGAAUAGAUGGGAGCUGAGCCAGCCGGACACAGUGACAGUGCACCAGAAGAUCCGUCCCAAAGACGUGCCUGGAACUCUGCUAAACAUGGCUCUUCUAAACUUGGGCUCUUGCGAUCCUAACCUGAGGACUGCGGCGUACAACCAGCUGUGCGCCCUGACGGCCACCUUCCAUCUCAAGAUUGAAGGGCAGUUAUUGGAAACCGGAGGCCUAUGUAUACCGUCCAAUAACACAAUCUUCAUCAAGUCAGUCAGCGAAAAACUAGCUCACAACGAACCACACCUUACUUUGGAGUUCCUUGAGGAAUGUAUUCAGGGAUUCAGAGGAUCUACGAUAGAGCUGAAGCAUUUAUGUCUUGAAUACAUGACUCCUUGGCUCCCUAACCUUGUCAGAUUCUGCAAGCCCUCCGACGAAUCCCGCCGGCAGAAGCAAGUGGCGCAGAUCCUCGAGAAACUCAUCACCCUGACCAUAGAGGAGACGGAGAUGUACCCGUCCGUACAGGCCAAGAUCUGGGGCUCCAUAGGACACGUGCCCGAGCUCAUAGACUGCGUGCUGGACAGCUUCAUACAGAGGAGCGUGGAUUCGGGUCUUGGAUCACCGAUGGUAGAAAUCAUGGCAGAUACAGCUGUGGCGUUAGCCUCCGCCAAUGUCCAGCUCGUAUCCAAGAAAGUCAUCGGCCGAAUGUGCAGGGCCCUAUCCAAACUGCCCCAUUACUCUCUGGGCCCCGUUACCCCAGCCACUGUGGUAGAUAAGACGUGUCACUCGCCCACAGCGGUUCUUGAACAACACAUGAUGUGGGAUGAUAUCGCCAUUUUAGCCAGAUAUUUGCUCAUGCUUUCCUUCAACAACUGCCUGGACGUGGCUCGUCACCUGCCGUACCUGUUCCACUCGGUGACGUUCCUGGUGUGUUCGGGCGCCCUGUGCAUGCGCGCCGCUACGCACGGGCUGGUGGUCAAUAUUAUACACUCGCUGUGUACGUGUUCUACGCCGAGUUUCUCAGAGGAGACCCAGCGCGUCCUGCGCCUAUCUCUUGACGAGUUCGCUCUGCCGAAGUUCUACCAGAUGUUCGGCAUCUCCAAGGUGAAGUCGGCCGCCGUCACCGCCUUCCGCAGCCCCUACAACAGACACGCCGCUGACUGGUACAGUUCCUUACCGUACCUUGGCUGCGGCGCGCCCGCGCCCUCCGACCGGGAGCGACUGCCGCUGCAGUCCCUGGAGAUCAUCACAGACGCUCUGCUCGAGAUCAUGGAGGCGUGCAUGAAGGACAUCCCGGACUGCGACUGGCUCAAUACCUGGACAUCACUAGCAAAGAGUUUUGCUUUCUGCUUCAACCCGGCGCUGCAGCCGAGAGCUCUCAUUGUGUUCGGAUGUAUAAGUAAGAACAUAACGGACGCGGACAUGAAGCAACUGCUCCGCAUUCUAGUGAAAGCGCUGGAGUCGUUCAACGACCUCGCUCUGCUAGAAGCACUGAUAAUGUGCCUCACCCGACUGCAGCCUCUUUUAAGACCUGAAUCCCCGAUCCACAAGUCCUUAUUCUGGGUAUCGUUAUCAGUGCUUCAGCUUCACGAGCCCGGGCUGUACGCGGCGGGGCUGGCGCUGAUGGAGCAGAACCUGCACACGCUGGACUCGCAGGGGGCCUUCGAUGCGCAGACGCUGGAACAAGUGAUGAUGGAGACCCGAGAGCCACUCGAGUGGCAUUUCAAACAACUGGACCACGCCGUCGGACUCAGUUUUCGGUCCAACUUCCACUUCGCGCUGGUAGGGCACCUCAUCAAGGGCUACCGGCACCCGGUGGCGGCCACUGUCUCGCGCACUGGCCGAGUACUGGCCACUCUACUGUCUAUAGCGGCUGGUGCGCAGGCUGACAAGUUUAGAGCUACGGUGGAUACUGUGCCUUAUCUUACAGCGCUGGUGUGUCAGAGCGAGGAGGUCCGCUCGCGCUGUCACGUGAAGCACUCGCUGCCAAAAUGGCUGCCCGACAACUGUGACCACUACUGUCCCACCAUCGACUAUCAGCAGUCAUCCAUGCUGAUCCAGCCGCCCGCCUCCUCACUAGCCUCGUGCCACGGCCGCCGGCAGAAAUCCUGGGACGUGCUGGACCAGGCCGCCAUCUCGUCCGCACACGGAGGUAAAUCGCCCACAAUGCAGUCGUCGAGCAGCGGCGGCCACAGCCCGCACCUCAUGAACAUGACACACCAGACGUCUGCUAGGAUGCUUUUUAAGACACAACGUUCAUUUUCUGUGCCAACUUCAAAAGAUACGAUUGCCCCUCCAAGGGACAGCGAGGGCCGCGCGCACAGCAUGCAGCAUGGGUGCGCGGGACGAGCUGAGAACCAGGACUCCGAUAGCGGGUUUGAGGUGGUAGAAGACGACGGCCGCACCUCCCCGGGCAGCCUCGAGGAGAGCACCGAGCGCCCUCCAUCUACUAAAUCUGGAGAUAGCGAUCUCCCGGAACCAACGGCUACUAAGCAAACGUCAACAGACAAGGACUCGUCCACGAUGGAGAGCAACAGCCUACUAGACCCGGCCGUGCUGAGCGACUUCACGUCGCAGGCGCUGGCACUUACUGUGCUCGCCACACUAGUCAAGUAUACUACUGAUGAAGACGAAAUCAGAAUUCUGUAUCAGUACCUGGCGGAAGGAUCGGUGGUUUUCCCUAAAGUGUUUCCAGUUAUCCACAGUCUGCUGGACAUGAAGAUCAACCACGUGCUGAUGCACUGCCACGACCAGGUCAUCCUCAGCGCCGUGCAGAGCAUCAUACAGAACAUGAUAGCAUCGGAAGACGCCUCACAACAGCAGCUACACUACAUGCAGAGCUGCGGCUUCGGCGGCCUGUGGCGGUUCGCGGGACCGUUUACUAAGAACCAAUGCACAGCGGAAAGCUCCGAACUGUUCGUGAACUGCCUCGAGGCGAUGGUGGAGACGAGCCUGCCCGGCGACGAGCUGACGCCGCGCGCGCCGCCGCCCGACCCCGACGACUUACACGUGGCGAGGACCGCCAGAGCCGCUUGUUAGUAGGAUGGGAAUGAAAAUUUAGAGCGGCACU